GUCACCGUUUAAACACCACAGUGAUAAAAUAUGUUCACGCUGACUUUGGAGUGCAAUGUGUCUUGCUAUGUCUGAAUGAAGACAAAUCAUGUAGAUCUACUAACUUCAGAAAAGCCUCAAAUUCUGACAAAAAUUGUGAGUUGCUCAGGGAUGUUCAUUCAGAAAAACCAGAUCUAUUACUCGAGGACGUCCAAUUUGAUCACUACCAAUUACUCGAUCCUAAUAGGGUAAGUAUAUGAACCGUUCUUAUUUAAACACGAAAAUAAGAAUUUCAUCAGUUGAGGGAUUGUGGAGUGAAGUCAACCUUGCAAGCCAGGCUCUCUACUUCCGUUUCCCUCCCAAGAACACGCUCCAGCAGGGAUCCCAGUGUAGGUCGUCACGUGAUACCUUAUGUCGCUUUGUUGCGUGGGAGUGUGGGCUAUUUUGGUAGUUUUUAAAAAACUCACUCGUGCACCUUUUUCCAAAUUACACUCAAAACCCAAUUACAUUUUAUAGCCUAUACGGCUAGCUAACUGUAUAUUAACUGGUUUCGACCAUGUAAGCGACGAUCUAACCAUCUAUUUUUUUUCGCCGAAAACACCAGUAAAAUGUAUAGCCCAACAUUUAAUACACAGGAUCGUAAUCAUAUACAAAUCUUAGUAUGUUUCAUGAUGCAUUAAAUCACGGCGAAAUUAUGAAGUGGACAUCGAAAUAUAAACCACUUAUCCUUGGACAUGAAAGUGCAAAAGUAAGAAAAAAGUUAUAAAACGUUAUAAUCAUUCUCAGAUGGUGCUGCACUUUAUAUCUCGGCGUAUGUGAAAAGAGGCUGAAUAUAUACUAACAAUAUCGUAACUGACAUAUACAUCUAUACUAGAAAAUACAUGCAUGCAGAAACCCUCGCCUUCCUGACAAAACCAUUGUAUUUUCCGAACAUGAAGUAUCUAAUGUAGUUGUCAUGGUAACACGAUAAUUUUUUAAGAAUAUUUUUACAAAUGAAAAAUCGCCUAAAAAUAUCACUUUUAAUUGCAAAAUUAUCAAUUUCCCAACAUAUAUAUGUUAGGUAUGCUAUUAUAGGUAAUAUAAGCUUCAAUUCAAGGUACAAUUCAACCACAAACGCUUCGCAAAACGUUUUAAAAUGUUCUUUAUAAAACUAAUUGACCAUUUGCGUAAUAGACUAAAUUUUUAUCUCAACAAAAAUUUCAUUACAGCUUGAAAGUGCAUCACAAAAUUAGUAAUGUUCCAAAGUUUCGUUGCAAAAUGUUGUAAAAUGCGGAAAAUAUAGCCUUGCGAAAUUUGCAAUUUUCAGUCAUUUUAGAUUACAAACCGGAAAUUGACAGCCUUGAAGGGUUUGGGGCUGUCAAUUUCCCGCUUGUAAUCUAAAAUGACUGAAAAUUGCAAAUUUCGCAAGGCUAUAUUUUCCGCAUUUUACAACAUUUUGCAACGAAACUUUGGAAUAUUACUAACUUUGUGAUGCUCCUUCAAGCUGUGAUGAAAUUUUUGUCUAGACUUGUUUAGUUCAAAAUUUAGUCUAUUACGCAAAUGGUCAAUUAAAACUGCUUUUAAGACUAAUUAAAUGGCUUUAUCGAUAAACUUUGAGUUUGCAAUAAAAUGAUUUCAAAUUCUCGCAUGUAAAUAACUUUGCUUUCUUUUUUAUUUAUUUAUUUACCGGCUGCGAGGUCCGGAUGAGAAAAACUGUGCCCUCGGUCUUGAAAACGGCCCGAGCCCGAAACGUGUUUAUUUUUUAUCAGAUGUAAAAAUUAAAUUUAUUAAAAUGCCAGUGUUGCUUGCGAACUAAUUUGAGAUCAGGUAUACAGGACGCUAAUUAAAAACAACCAAGGUUUUGGGGUGUCACGUGACCAGCCUACACCAGCUGGGUCUCUGCUGGAGUGUGUAAGGGAAGCGGGCCUAGAGUGAAAUAUUACUCUCAGUAAUGAAGGUAAAGCCGCUUGGGAAAUAUGACCACUUCGAGAAAUAUUUAUCAUUUAUAGACCCGGAGCGAGGGGGAUUCGGCGUAAUAUUUCCCGAAGUGAUGAUAUUUUCCGAGUGGCUUUGCCCCGAGGAAAAUAUCAUCACUGAGGAAAAUAUCGCCGAAUCCCCCGAGCGGAGGGUCUAUAAAUGAUAUAUUAUACCUAAAGUUAAAGAACUCGCUAAGUUCAGAAUAAACUUUUUUAAAUAAAACUUGCUGAAUAUUAUAAAAUACGCGAAUACAAUUUUUAAUUUCUUAUGUAUACCUGAGUUUUUGACGUUUCCUCUUUAAAAUAUUUGAGCAUGUAUCCUUUGGAUCAUUAAAGGUAACAUACGUCUUGAAAAUGUUUUGUUAAGUCAAAUAUUCUGUACGAAAAUACGAAAUUACAAACAACAGCUCGCGAACGCCAUAUUUUUUUCAGAGCGUGGUCUCCACGCGUCACGCGUGAGCUGGGAUACUAUAAUAUCCCACGGUGGAUCUGCCGUGGGAUAUUAUAGUAUCCCACGCUGGAUUGCGAAAUCAUGAAUUUGAGUGAAAUAUCGUAAAAAAUCACACUACCACGUGGUACAAAUGCUGUUUUUUCAUUGGACAAUUUGAAUUUGAGGUAUAAUAUUUUGACUAAUCCCCCAAGCGGACUGGAGGGUCUAUAAAAUAAUGAUGAAUAUAUAAUACGAUAUACGAUACAUAUAAGAUAGGAUAACCUACGUUACAUUUUACAACUUUUCUUGUACACGUCCAGAGAAAAUUGACGUUCUUGAAGACUCGGACUUUUAUUUUUCUUUUGACCUGCACAUAUAAAGUGUGAUGACUGUAAUUAACGAUCAAAAGCGUUUUAACCACACAGGUACUAUACAAUGUGUCAUGUAAGUAUAUAUCAAUACAAAAUAUUUAUAAGAUCUUCUAAUGGUAACCACGUUGGAGAAAAAUACGAUCCAACAAAAAUAGUUGUUAUGAAUAUUCUUCCAACAUGGCCGCCACGAUGUUAUGAAUGUUCUACAAAAUAAUUUUAUAUAUACAUGUAGCUAGGUAAAGUAACCACCAGAGAAUUAACGUGAAAAAUAUUUUAUAUCACGAUUCUAACUCGGCCCACGAGCUGUAUCCAUAUGAGCAGCGUGAAUAUAGUUAGGGAAUUAAUAUCUUUCAAGCAGACUAUCAUUUUAUUUAUUAAUUUCUAGAAACCUCCAGAACCAGUCUCAACAAGCACUCCACCUCAGAUAACAUCGACAACACAAAAAUCAUCAUCAAGUAAGGUUUAAAAUCUUAAUUUUGUUAUAACUACACGACCGACAAGGACUCAUUACAGUAUAUCGGGUUGGCCUAAUUUAACCAACUAUCUUAAUAUUUAUACUAGGCUAUAUAUUAAAAAUUUACUUAAUAGGUUAAUAGUUAAGAGAAUUGCAUUUUACUCUGUUUAGCAAAUCAAACACUGCUAUCAUCUUGUAAGGAACUGCUGCAAAGAAACAGGUUUGUGAGUCGCCAACGUUGAAGGAUUUUGUAGAUGGAAAUUUCGAGCGUAAAUUGUACACAUUCAGUUAGACCUAAUCAGGAGCAGGCUAGCAGCUGCGAGAAAUGCAAACUAUAGGCCCUCUGGCAGGAUCCAUGCAAUUAACCCGCGCCUAUGUGAUUUCGGUGCAGCGCUCAAACAAACUGAGCUGCAGAGUCCAGUACCAGCAUUAUUACCGGUCAUUAUUUAUAUGGCGGGGGUGGCACAGAAGAGAAACGGUUUGGGUAAACAAAAUUUUGAGCAAGUAAAAGGUUGGGUAAAUGAAAACCUAACUAUGCAGAAGCAGCUGCAAAAAAUCCAACUAUAUGCCCUCGAUCAGGAAUCCAACCCGCGGCCAUGCGAUUUCGGUGCAGCGCUCAAACCAACUAAGCUGCAGAGUCCAGUACCAUUGUUGUGUGAUAUAACGAAAACCUUAAUGAAAACAUUAGAUUAGAAAUGUAAUGGUAUAUGGUUGAUGUCUCGACAUUCCAAAGGGACGUUAAGAGGAAGAACGAUUUAAACUAAACAGAUAGAGCUAUUCAAUAUAAUGAAGUUAGUUUAAUCAAACUGUGCUUUAAUGUUCUCUACACCAUUAAACAAAUAAACAAAAGAAUCAGUAAUUUUUAUUGGCUUAUUGGAAAUGUGGGGCAAAUACCUUACUAAAAAAAUUCUGACUAAAGUUUACACGAUCGAUGUUAUAUACAAUGGGGUUUUGCUAAUAUUCACAUAUAACUUCGUACUAUAUUUAUAGAUCACUAAGCAAUGGUGUAUACCAACUACAAAAUACAGAUUCACUCGAACAAUAUCAAGUUUAUUGUCACAUGACUGAAUUAUCUGGAUGUGGCCAAGGAGGUUGGACACUACUGAUGAAAGUAGAUGGGAACAAGGUAUACGGAUAAUCUUAGUCUAACCUAAUCUCUUCGAAUGCAUAACCAUGGCAAACAAUAUAUAGAGAAAUGAGUAAACUUUUUUAUUUUGCAGAAUGAAUUCAGCUACAGCUCUCCUUACUGGACAAACAAGGAAACCUACGCAGUUGAAGAUGGACUUGAAGGUUUGAAUGAAAAACAGACAAAACUUGCUUCUUACUGGAACACACCGUUUAACAAAAUGUGCUUCGGAAUGAAAGUCAAUGGUGCUAUAAAAUGGAUAGCAUUAAACUACACCACAAACUCGCUACACAGUGUGAUCGAAGACGGGAUUUUCAAAAAAACAACAGUUGGUAAGGAAGCUUGGAAGUCUCUUAUCGAAGGUUCAUCUUUGCAAGAAUACUGUAAUGUAGAAGGAUUUAAUAUACGAGGGGUUUACACGCAUGACAUGUGGCAGUGGAACAUGAACAUACGAAUUGGUUUGGUGGCAAAUCAGGAGGACAACUGCGUUAGUUGUGACUCGUGCAUUGGCUUUGGAACUUCAGUAAGUGGAUGCGAGAAUGACGUAAGGAGCACAACGUGCGGCAAUAUGGCUGUUUGUGGUCAGCUGAGUAAUAAAAACAUGGCAGCAUUUGGAUAUAUACUCGUACAAUAG